GCAGAUAGACAGAGAUGGUUAUUCCACCCCCAGUUAAGUGGCCUCCUAGAGUUACAGAAUAUCUGAAACCCUAUGUUUUGAAGAUGCAUUUCACAAACAAGUAUGUGAGUGCCCAAGUUAUCCACUCACCAACUGCAACAGUUGCAUGCUCUGCAAGCUCACAAGAAAAGGCCCUGAGAUCAAGCAUGGAAAACACUCGAGAUGUAGCCGCUGCUGCUAAAAUUGGGAAAAUAUUGGCGGAGCGACUGCUGGUCAAGGACAUUCCUGCUGUUUCUGUCUUCCUCAAGAGAGAACAGAAAUAUCAUGGGAAAGUUAAAGCUGUCGUUGAUGCUGUUAGAGAUUCUGGUGUCAAGCUUCUUUAAAUUGGGUCAAAGAUAGUGUUGUUGCCUUGGAGUUUUGCUCUGUAAGAUGUUCACUUAAGAAGAUCAAUGUUCAAAAUACAUUGUGUUUUUUAUGUUGUUCUAUUGUGAUUGAGGUUCUAUAAUGGCACUUUUGACAUUUUGAUUGCGAGAUCCAAAUGAAUAUAUUCAUUUACAAAA